AUGCUUUCUAUGAGUAACAAAGAGGUGAGACCUUUCAGUCAGAACUCUGAGCUUGGUUCAUAUCAAAUAAUCCACUCUGGAGAGAGACCUUAUGAAUGUAAAGAAUGUGGAAAAGCUUUUUCACUGAGGGGUGGUCUUGCUAGACAUCAGAGAAUCCACACUGGAGAGAAACCUUAUGAAUGUACACACUGUGGAAAGGCUUUCACAUGUAGGGGCAAUCUUAUUGCACAUCAGAGAAUCCACACUGGAGACAAACCUUAUGAAUGUAAAAACUGUGGAAAGGCUUUCACACAGAGGAGUCAUCUUGCUAAGCAUCAAAGCAUCCACACUGGAGAGAAACCUUAUGAAUGUAAAUAUUGUGGAAAGGCUUUCACACAGAGGGGUAAUCUUGUUGCACAUCAGUCAGUCCAUACUGGAGAGAAACCUUAUGAAUGUACACAGUGUGGAAAGGCUUUUGCACAGAAGGGCACUCUUGCUAAGCAUCAGAGAAUCCACACUGGAGACAAACCUUAUGAAUGUAAACAAUGUGGAAAGGCUUUCACACAGAGUGGCACUCUUGCUAAGCAUCAGAGAAUCCACACUGGAGACAAACCUUAUAAAUGUACAGAAUGUGGAAAGGCUUUCACACAGAGGGGCCAGCUUGCUGCACACCAGAGAAUCCACACUGGAGAGAAACCUUAUGAAUGUGAACAUUGUGGAAAGGCUUUCGCACAGAGGGGCACUCUUGCUAAGCAUCAAAGCAUCCACACUGGAGAGAAACCUUAUGAAUGUAAGCAGUGUGGAAAGGCUUUCACAGGGAGGGGUCAUCUUGCUGUACAUCAGAGAAUCCACUCUGGGGAGAAACCUUAUGAAUGUACACAAUGUGGAAAGGCUUUCAUACACAGAGUGAGUCUUGCUGCACAUCAGAGAAUCCACACUGGAGAGAAACCUUAUGAAUGUAAGCAAUGUGGAAAAGCUUUUACACAGAGGGGCUAUCUUACUGAACAUCAAAGCAUCCACACUGGAGAGAAACCUUAUGAAUGUAAGCAAUGUGGAAAGGCUUUCACACGGAGGGACACUCUUGCUAAGCAUCAGAGAAUCCACUCUGGAGAGAAACCUUAUAAAUGUACUCAAUGUGGAAAAGCUUUCAUUCACAGGUUGAGUCUUGCUGCACAUCAGAGAGUCCACACUGGAGACAAACCUUAUGAAUGUACAGAAUGUGGAAAGGCUUUCACAUGGAGGGGAGAUCUUGGUAAACAUCAGAGAAUCCACACUGGAGAGAAACCUUAUGAAUGUAAACAGUGUGGAAAAGAUUUCACACAUAGGGGCUCUCUUGCUAAACAUCAGAGAAUCCACACUGGAGAGAAACCUUUUGAAUGUAAACAGUGUGGAAAGGCUUUCACAGGAAGGGGCCAUCUUGCUGUACAUCAGAGAAUCCACUCUGGAGAGAAACCUUAUAAAUGUACACAGUGUGGAAAGGCUUUCACACAGAGGGGCUCUCUUGCUGCACAUCACAGAGUCCACACUGGAGAGAAACCUUAUGAGUGUACACAAUGUGGAAAGGCUUUCACAUGGAGGGGAGAUCUUGGUAAACAUCAGAGAAUCCACACUGGAGAGAAACCUUAUGAGUGUACACAAUGUGGAAAGGCUUUCACACGGAGGGGGCAGCUUGCUGCACAUCAGAGAAUCCACACUAGAGAGAAACUUUACGAAUAG